AUGGCGGAGCCGCUGGGUCCCGCUCCGGCCCCGCUGUUGGCCGCCGCUCGCCGGGCGCACGAAGCGGCUUUCGGGAAGGCGGCGGUGCUGGCGGCGUGGGCCCCCGGCCGGGUCAACCUCAUCGGAGAACACACCGACUACAACGGCGGCUUCGUGCUGCCCAUGGCCCUGCAGCUGGGGACGGUGCUGGUGGGAUCCCCGACACAAGACGGGACCAUCUCCAUCGUCACCACCUCGGCAGAGGCGGAUGAGCCCCGCAGGGUGCAGUUCCUGGCCCCCCGUGCCGGCAGCUCCCUGAGCCCGGGGCUGCCUCGCUGGGCCAACUACGUCAAAGGCGUCAUCCAGCACUACCGGGGUGGUCCCGUGCCAGGCUUCAGCGCUGUCAUGGCCAGUGACAUCCCCCUGGGUGGGGGCCUCUCCAGCUCGGCUGCUCUGGAGGUGGCUACGUACACCUUCCUGCAGCAGCUCUGCCCUGACGAUGGGGAUUUGGUAGCCAAGGCACUGGCGUGCCAGAAAGCCGAGCACACGUUUGCUGGGAUGCCCUGCGGGAUCAUGGACCAGUUCAUAUCCGUGAUGGGCCGGGAGGGCCACGCGCUGCUCAUCGACUGCAGGUCCCUGGAGACUGUGCUUGUCCCUCUGAGCGAUGCCAGCCUGGCCGUGCUCAUCACCAACUCCAACGUGCGGCACACGCUGACGGGCAGCGAGUACCCCGCGCGCCGGCGGCAGUGCGAGGAGGCGGCGGCGGCUCUGGGCAAGGCCAGCCUCAGGGAUGCCACCCUGGCCGAGCUGGAAGAGGCCAGGAGCCGGCUGGGGGAUGAGGUGUUCCGGCGGGCCAGGCACGUCAUCGGUGAGAUAGCGCGGACAGCACAGGCAGCACAGGCACUGCAGCACAGGGACUACAGAACGUUCGGGAGGCUGAUGGUGGAGAGCCACAACUCCCUCAGGGAUGACUAUGAAGUGAGCUGCCCGGAGCUGGACGAGCUGGUGGCAGCAGCUCUGGAAGUCGAUGGGGUUUAUGGCAGCAGGAUGACUGGGGGAGGCUUCGGAGGCUGCACGGUGACACUGCUGGAAGCUGGGGCUGCAGACAGAGCCCAGCAGCACAUCCAGGAGAAAUACAGUGGCACAGCCACCUUCUACCUCACCAAGCCCUCGGGAGGGGCAAAGGCUCUGCCCCUGUAGAGGAGUGACCACCUUCCCCUGGGAACCUUGGGCUGGCAUUGCCUCCCUCCCCAAGGCUUUCCCAAGGGGAUCAGCUCGUCCAGCUGCAUCAUUUGCCUAAUAAAAGCAAAAUAUUUGCACAGUU